UUUCGGAAAAUACUUUAUCACAAAACGGCAAUAUCCGGUGUACGCAUCCCCACCGUGGUUGUGUACUUCCGACUUUAUAACCUCGCAUAAAUUUCGUGGAAUACCAAGUCUAAACAACUUCCUUUUUCACCCGUGUUAAAUGGACGUUUAAAAUGGCGUCAAAGAAUCUAUUGAUAGGGGCGAUUGACUUUGGAACUACGUACUCGGGAUGGGCGUUCUCAUUUUUACACGAGUAUGAGUCUGAUCCUACUAAAGCUUCUGUAAAGCAAUGGAAUUCCGGUUCCGGUACACUUACAACAGAAAAAACGCCGACUGUUGCCCUCAUUGACCCGGAUGGGAAAACAUUGACAGCAUUCGGAUACGAUGCCGAAAACAAGUACAAAGACUUGACAGACACAGGCGGAUAUGAAAAUUAUUUCUUCUUCCGCAGAUUCAAAAUGGCGCUCCAUAAAAAGUUGGGAGAGAAACUUGAUCGUCAUUUGACCUUAGAAGACGAGAUGGGUCGUUCCUUGCUUGCAGUUGAUGUGUUUUCUUUAUCAAUACAAUACCUAAUGAAAGAUAUGAUGAAGGUCGUAAAUUCCCGGCUCUCGGGUAAUUUCACGCAGUCGGACAUUCGUUGGGUGCUUACCGUCCCUGCUAUCUGGACAGAUGGGGCUAAACAAUUUAUGAGAGAAGCAGCUGUACAGGCUGGAAUUGACAACGAUAUGUUAUCUAUCGCACUGGAGCCAGAGGCUGCUUCACUGUUCUGUCGACAUUUGUCUGUAGAAUCUACCGUUGAUCAGAAGGGUGUGUCGGUAUCUCAGUUUACAGCUGGCACAAGAUACCUCGUGUUAGACGCUGGCGGGGGAACAAUCGACACAACAGUACAUGAAGUUGGAGUAGACGGGACGAUAAAAGAGAUACGUGCGGCCGACGGGGGAGGAUGGGGUGGGAUUAUGGUCGACAGGGAAUUCAAAAACCUGUUGGUUGAUAUAUUUGGUACGGAAACAUAUAAUGCCUUUAAGAAGUCUGAAACAGAAGACUGGUUAGAUCUGUGGCGUGAUUUCGAAGUCAAAAAGAGAUCAGUUGAUCCAAAUAAGGAUUCGAGGAUAAACAUGAAGCUACCUUUGUCACUUAUUAACAUGUAUGAAGAGAAGCGUAAGAGCAAACUUGCUAUAGCAAUAGAUGCAUCAAAGUAUGGAAAGUCCAUCAGUUUUGCCGGUGAUAAAAUGAAAUGUUUGCCCACUGUUUUUCAAGUGUUAUUUAACAAUUCCAUUGACAGUACAAUUAGUCUUGUUAAAUCUCUGGUAAUGGGAGCCAACAUUAAAGCCAUCCUGAUGGUCGGUGGUUAUUCGGAAUCUCCAAUGCUGCAGGAAGCUGUAAAGUCUUCCUUUCCAGAACUAGAUAUUAUAAUACCGAUUGGAGCCUCGUCUACCAUACUUAGGGGAGCACUUGUCUAUGGACAUAAUCCAAAAGCUAUCUCGGAACGUAAGCUUAGGUACACAUAUGGUGUGAAAACAUCCCACGAGUUCAAAAAGGGUGAACAUCCAGAGAGCAAGCGUAAAACGUACGACACUGGAGACCGUUGUAAAGAUAUCUUUUCCAAGCAUGUGGAAAAGAAUGAAGUCGUUAAAGUCGGAGAACCGCAAACAAGACAGUCAUAUCAUCCAGUUAAACGCAAUCAGACAAGCGUAACAUUUCCAAUAUAUGCGACCGAGCAAAGGAAUCCAACAUACACAGACGAAGUCGGCUGCAAGCAUCUUGGCAAUGUUAAAAUUGAGAUACCGAGUUCAAGCGCAGAUCCAACCACUCGCAAUGUAUGGGUUUCACUUACAUUUAGCGGAACGGAGACAAUUGUUGAUGCGGAGGAUGAAAUGUCAGGCAAAAAGGUCAAAGCAUCUGUAAACUUUUUAGGCUGAUGCUUGUAACAAGUUAUAAAACUACUACUUCUGACAGAAACUUACAUUUUGUUUCGUAUGAUGAUAAUCUUACUGAACGAAAAAAUGUUUGUGAAUCAUAUAUUGUUUUCUACAUGUAAAAAUAUGUAAAUACAUGUGUGUUUCAAUAAUUUAGUUUAUCUGCAUUUACUAUUUAUUGCAAGACAUAAACACUUAAAAAUUUAUCAUCUAUUGUUUACUUAACUGAAAAAGUUUGAGAAUCACAUUCGACAGAUCCACUUACUUUUGAUGCACCGUUAACAUAUUUAUGUGUAGAAUCUUCAUGAAUCAUCUGAUAACAUUUAAUACUUACUAGCUUUCUUACUUAGUCUAUUUAAAAGAUACGGUAGUCAUAAAUAUUCCACAAAGUGUUUAGCUGUGAUUAAACUGAACUUGGAAAAGA